GAGUUUUUUUCAGAUAGUAUGCAGAGGAUGGUUUGUAGAAAGAUAGAUUUUAAUAGAUAGGUUGCAAGAUAAUAUGUUUAGGUUGGUUUAGAAGAGAAAAGAAGGUUUCAACCUAGGAAUGUAACAAAUUGUUUCAACAAGAGGAAGAAAAUCUGAAAAAGCACAGAGAGAUGGAGCACAGUGGAGUUAUGUACAGGUGUAGCGCAUGCGCAUUUAAGUCUUCUUUCCCUCGAGAUAUACAAGAUCACGUGAUCCUACACCACGCACCUUUAUCAUUUGCAUGCAGAGACUGCCUUUAUCUUGGACAGGGACCAACCGCGCUUAGGAUGCAUUAUGAGGAGGACCACGAUGGACAGUGCACUGAAUGUGAAUUUGUCAGCGCUAAUCCUACAAUCUUGAAGAAACAUAAGAAAAGUCAUUGCUUGCUUUACACCUGUGAUCUUUGUGUCUUUUCAACGCAAAUAUUACAGAAUUUAAACGAUCACAUUAAAAGAACGCAUGUUGACAGACAUCCGAUUAACAGUGUAACGGUUGAGACCAAUGAUGAAAUAAAACCUGAAAUAAUUAAGAACAGCAACAAAGCAGUUAAUGAACAAAUGGAAGAAGAAAAGAAUAUAAUGGAAGAUGAUGAUACUGGACAAAUGGAAGUUCAUGGGAAAUUAUAUUGUGAGCAUUGUGACUUUGUUGCAACAGAAUCAGAGCAGUUAAAACAGCACCAACAAACCAAGCAUAAGAGAAUUGAUGAAAACAAAACUAAAUUAAAAUGCGAACUUUGUUCUUUUGUUUCAUUGUGCAUGAAUAGAUUUACAACUCACAUGGAUAUACACUUGCCUCAGAUAAAGAAACAAAUAAUGUAUCCUUGUGAUAAUUGUGAUUUUGUAUCCGAGUGUUCUUCUAGUCUGAAGAAGCACAUUAAACUGAAACACGGUCAGACUGAAAUUUCGAGUAACGUUCCAGAAAAGAUAAUGUAUCCCUGUACUGAGUGCGAUUACAAAGCAGCAAGAAAGAAUGAUUUAAAAAGACACGAGGAGGCUCGGCAUCGUGGUGUCAAGUAUCCCUGUGACGAAUGUGAAUAUAAAGCUCCCCAACCCUUCUCUCUGAAGAUACACAAACAAACCGUACAUCUGGGUUUAAAGUUUGAAUGUUUACAGUGUAGUUUCAAGGCAACUACUAACUCAAACCUUACUCAGCAUAUAAUGACGGAACAUGAAGGAUUAAGAUUUCUGUGUGAUCAAUGUGAUUUUGAAACAAAGCGGGAGAGGUCCUUAAAGCAACAUAUUCGAACUGUUCAUCAGGAAUUAAGGUUUGCAUGUGAUCAAUGUGAGUAUACUUGUCUCACUGAGAAUAGUUUAAAACAACACACACUAAGUGUUCAUGAAGGGAUCCGGUAUCCCUGCAGUAGCUGUGCAUAUCAGGCCAACUCUGUUCCUGUGUUAAGAGAGCAUAUCGCAAAGGAACAUGAAAACAGGAGAUUUCUAUGUGAUGAUUGUGGAUAUCAGGCGACCAAAGCAUUUGAUUUGAAGAGACACAAACUAAACAAACAUAUGGGUGUUCGAUAUCCCUGUACUCAAUGUGAGUAUAAAGCUCCUCUUCCCCAUACCUUGAAACAUCACAUUAGAACUGUUCACGAUGGAAUGAAACAUCCUUGUGAUCAGUGUGAUUUUAAAGCAGCCUCUAGCAUAAAUUUGAGAAACCAUGUGAAGACUGUUCAUGAAGGAAUUAAAUAUUAUUGUGAUAUUUGUGACUUUCGUUCUGCACGAGUGUCAAGGUUAAAGAAGCACAUUAAAACUGAACACAGCCAACCUGAAAUAAUGAAUAAAUAACAUACUUUACAA